GAAAACUGCUGCCUUGUAUCAAUAAGCCUGUUUUUAUUUUCUGGAGAUGCUUUUUGUUCCCCUCUCCACUUUCUUUUAUGCCGUAUUCAUUAUGAGUAUAUCCAGAAGCUAGUCAUGCAUAACCAGUUUCUAGCAACUUUUAUCAUCACCAUUUUUUUCUGUUAUUUUUCUCAGGGUUGGAAAGACCAGACUAGGUCUUCCAGGGCAUUUCCAUCCAGACACAAGCCUCGCGCCUGCUCUGCUUGGUACCGAGGAGGUAGCACUUAGCCAGCUUCGUUCUCGUAACCCAAUCGGCCAUAGUUCUGGGAUGAGAGCCUUUUUUGCUGGAGCUACGUGCCAGCCGUCUGGUGGUGUCAUUCUGUCAUUUUGGACGCGGCGUGGCGAAGGGCCCGCCUGCUCCUCGGCCUCCUUAAUGGUAUUAACGUGGCCGAGGGGUGAGAGGUGGAGAUGGGGGCGCCUGCUCGUUAGGGCCUCCUACCACGAGGGGCUUGGAGGAGGAUUAGACCUAAUUUGUGGAAGAAAUGGAGUCUGUGUCUAAGGGUGAGGAGCUGGUCUUGGGAUUUAUGCCCUAAAACCCGGUAGAUCUCGGCUUUCGGAGACCCAAUGGCUGAGUGCUGCCCGGGAAUCCCGGUGCGCUCGCGCCCGUAGAUUCCCCUGCAGACGUUAAGUUCUCGCGGGAAUCGGGGCGGGGCGCUGCGCAGCGCGCGCCUCGCUGUCAGUCAGGCACCUCCGCACUUUCCCGCCCUCGCUGGCUUUGGGCACCGGGUGGGGCUGCAGUGGGUGCGGGCGCGGGAGAUUCCGAAAAACGCCAUGUCGGUGACGGUGCCGGGCUACUCGCCCAGCUUCAAAAAGCCUGCAGAGACGCUGCGUCUCCGGCGAAAGCGGGCCCGAAACACUGCGGUUCCUGAAGCAGGAGCCACCGAUUUCCCGCCGGGUCCGGGCGACCUCGGGCCCCGCCGCGCCGCGCUGGCGGCCGGCCUCCGCCUUCGCCCUUUCCCCGCGGCCGGAGGCAGGGGCAGAGGCGUCUCCGCCGCUUCCCUGCGGAGAAACCCUUUCGCCCGAUUGGACAAUAGCCCGCGGCCAGCCGUGGGGCCAGAAUCCGUCCCUGAUCCUACGUGGCCGCUGGCCAGCCCCCAACAGGAGCUGGGGGAAUCGUUUUUAGAUUUUAAUCAAGAAAAUAAUGUGACCUGGAAAGAAGAGUUUUCCGAAAGAACAACAUCUAAGCAAUUAUCCCCGUCUUCUCAUCAACAGCACUCCACGUAUGAUAUUCCAUCCUCAGAAAGUGUUGAGUUUCCUGUGGAUUGGAGUAUUAAAACGCGCCUCCUUUUUACCUCUUCCCAAUCUUUUACCUGGGCAGAUCAUUUGAAGGCUCAAGAAGAAGCACAAGGCUUUGUCCAACACUGCAGAGCAACAGAAGUUGAUCUGCCUGAGAAUAUACAGGAGCCACGACUCUCUGCUGAACUUCGUUGUGCGUUCCAGCAGAACCUUAUUUAUUGGCUUCAUCCCUCUCUGCCAUGGUUACAGCUUUUCCCACGCAUUGGAGCUGACAGAAAGAUGGCUGGAAAAACAAGUCCUUGGUCAAAUGAUGAGGAACUACAACAAAUUUUAAUGAGUGAAUGGUCCAUCAGCUUCACUUCUUUGUAUAAUCUACUGAAGACAAAACUUUGUCCCUAUUUCUAUGUUUGUACCUACCAAUUCACUGUGCUGUUUCGUGCAGCAGGGCUAGCAGGAAGUGAUGUAAUUACAGCUGUCUUGUCACCCACUACCAGAGGCUUAAGAGAAGCUAUGAAAAAUGAAGGAAUUGAAUUUUCUUUGCCUUUAUUAAAAGAAAAUGGUCAACGGAAGCAAAAAGCAUCUGAGACAAAUUUACAUGAAGAAGAGUAUAAGACAGAACCAGAAGAGGAACAACUUAUUAGUGAUGAGGAUGAAGAGGAAAGUUUUUCCUGGUUGGAAGAGAUGGGUGUACAGGAUAAGAUAAGAAAACCAGACAUCACUCUCAAACUUCGAAAAGAGAAAAAGGAAGUGCAGCUGGAUCACAAGCCCGAGUCUGUUGUGCUGGUGAAAGGAAUCAACACCUUUACCCUGCUGAACUUCCUGAUAAAUUGCAAGAGUGUAGUUGCUACGUCGGGGCCUCAGGCAGGCCUCCCCCCAACACUAUUGUCUCCAGCAGCGUUCCGGGGUGCCACCAUGCAAAUGCUCAAGGCACGAACGGUGAAUGUGAAGACACCAGUUUAUUCUGGUUAUAAAGAUCAGUUUAGUUUGGAGAUUACAGGCCCUGUCAUGCCUCAUUCUCUGCAUUCAUUGACUAUGCUGCUCAAAUCUGCACAAAAAGGAUCUUUUUCGGCAAGAUUAUAUACUCAUGAACCAACAUCUGUAUUUAACACAUGUACUCAAGUGGAAAAAAUACCAAAUAAGGAAGUCGUUCAAAAGGAGCUUGCUAAUUGUGGACUACAUCUUAAAACUCUAAGUCAACUUACUCAGUUACCAAAACUAGAAAAAUCAUCUUUACGAUUCAUGGAAAUGGAUAAUUACAUUUGUAAUUGGAGGUCUUGAAACAAGUGGAACAAGAUUAACUCUCAACAUUUAAGAAACAUCUUUCCAAAAUGAAACAAAGUCUAAAGAAACCUCCCCGUUUAAAAGCACUUACCUCAGGGUUUAUAAGAAAGGAACAAGUAAAUAUUCCAGAUCUUAUUUGCAACAGGUUUGUGUAGCAGGGUGAUUAGUCUAAGCCUCGUGGGAAAAUGUAUUCCAGACAUUUCACUUCCUACUCUCAUCAUUAAGCCAAAUGUGAAGAAACGUUUUGUUUGGCCAGGAUAGAUGCAGUCUGAAAGUGCCCUUUGAUGUAGUGGCAUUCUAAGAAACUACCACUUAAUGCAUUUUUGAUUGAGGACUCUUACAUACCCAAAAUAAUUUCAUAAAUGGUUUUUAUUAACACUAAUAAUUUUUAACCCUAGAAAAUUUAAAGGAAAAGUUUUUCUAUAAUUUAUGCCAAAGGAUCUGUUUGUGAGAUAAAUUUCAUUACAGUUAAAGCAGCAUUUAGAAUAGUCUAUGUAAAGAUAUAGUUGAUGUGUUUAAAAGUAUGUUUUUUAAAAUAAAGUUCUUUUCAUUCCAGUGGGUAUUAAGUGAUAGUGUAAUCUGUUAUUGCAGUUGAAAGAAUUAAGAAAAACACCACAUUUAUUCCAGAAGUUUGUAUUUGGGCCUUAAGCAUUUUGUAAAAUAAAGUUUAAAGACAGCAUAUGAGUACCACUAUAAUGCACAUAUGAAAUGAAAUAUUCUAUUAGACCCUAAAAUAACAUGAACUUAUUUUUGCAGUCAACAAAAUAGUGGCCUGGUGCUGAUUUUAUUAGAUAAGUUGGUUACAGCAUUUGCAUUAUCAUCUUGAGUCUAUCUAAUUGUAGCUGAAAUUCAAAAUGCACAUUAAAGUAAAACUACAUCACAA